CAUGCAGAUCGAAUGAUGGCUGACUGGGGUUAAUCCCCACAGCACCCCUUUCCUUUUCUCUUGGCUUUCGUUUGACUUCAAAAGCAGACCUCUUGGCUCUCGUCCGAAUAUCUCUCUUCUGCUUCAACUCUCAUGAAGUUCGUUGUCUGAGACAACUUCUAUUUCAUAGCUACUUUAUUUUCCGUUUUCUUUUCUUUCGGUCUUUUCUUGUUCCUCCAGUUCUUUAGCUUCAUCACCCUUCUUUGUAAAUCUUUCUUCUUAACCGACCUUACCUGGUCUAACAGCCAAUCGAGGCCGGGUCUCUUCCGAGUCGUUUCUUUCGUUUAGUCCACCUGGUGUGGUGAUACGUAAAUUAUUUACGACGUCCUUUUAUUGCCUUUUAUUUCGUUUAGGAUUAUAGCAAGAUGCAGUCUUUCGCCAAGUUGUUGCUCCUCUUCGGGCUCUUAGCCCUGGCUUCCGCCUCUCCGGCUAGGAUCAACAAGCGAGGCGUAUACAAGGUCGAACGAGUUCCGAACCCUAAUUACACCGGUCGUAAUGGCCCCCGAGCUCUCCUGAAGACGCUCCGCAAAUAUCGUAUGCCUAUACCGGCAUCCGUUGCGAGCGCUGCUCAACAGCAGACCGAGAUGAUCUCGAAGAGAGAACCCAAGAGGGGUCGCAGAAAGGGUCAAAAAGGACAAAAGGGAGGUGCAGCCGCCGCAAAUGGCAACGCCGCCGGAUCUGGCAAUGGAACUGGUCUCGUCGAGGCAACCCCCGAGGCUAACGACGUCGAGUAUCUGUCUCCUGUCACUAUCGGCGGUCAAACUCUGAACCUCGAUUUCGAUUCCGGCUCUUCUGAUUUGUGGGUCUUCAACACUCAGCUUAGCAAAGCCGCGACUCAGGGCCAUACCGUCUAUGACCCGACUAAAUCUAAGACCUUUGCUCUCAUGCAAGGUGCCUCGUUCCAAAUUUCUUACGGUGACGGCUCGGGUGCUGCGGGCAACGUUGGCGUCGACACCGUGGAUGUCGGUGGCGCUACUGUUACCCAGCAAGCUGUAGAGAUGGCUACCGCUGUUUCUCGAUCUUUCGUUGAGGACACCAACAACAACGGUCUCCUCGGUCUUGCAUUCAGUACGCUCAACACCGUCCAACCCGCUCAGCAGAAGACGUUCUUUGACAAUGUGAAGUCGUCGCUUGCUGAGCCUAUUUUCACCGCCGACCUCCGCGCGCAAGCAGCUGGCGCAUACGAGUUUGGACGUGUGGAUACGAGCAAAUUCACGGGCGAGAUGACGUGGGUUCCUGUCAACACGACGGAUGGUUUCUGGCAAUUCACGAGCGAGAAAUUUGCAGUCAACGGUGGAACUACCCAGACUUCUACUGCCGGAGCGCAGGCCAUCGCUGACACCGGUACGACUCUCCUUUUGGCCGACCCUGCUGUGGCUAAAGCCUACUACGCGCAAGUCGAUGGCGCUGUCGAUGACGAGCAGCAAGGUGGCUUCACGUUCCCUUGUGAUGCGACGCUACCCGAUCUUCAGAUAGAUGUCGGUGGUAACAUGGCUACUGUCAAGGGCACCGACAUCAACUUCGCUCAAGUCGACGAUCAGACUUGCUUCGGCGGUCUACAAGCCACGACCGCAGGUCUCCAGAUCUACGGUGAUAUCUUCUUCAAGAGCAACUUCGUCGCAUUCAACGGCGGUAACAACACCCUUGGCUUUGCCCAACACGUAUAGAUAUGCCUCUUGCAUGUAAAUAUACCUAUGUGUACUAUUUCCUUACAUGCGAGUUUUGAGCAUAAAUUGUACAUAUGUGAGAUU